AUGCAUUUCUCGCGUUCCAUUACCAUUGUUGGCUGCCACGCCGAAGGCGAAGUGGGUGAUGUGAUCACCGGGGGUGUUUUGGAUGUGCCGGGGAGAACCAUGUAUGACAAAAUGGUUUACAUGGAGACCAACCACGGUAGCCUGCGGCGGCUCCUGCUCAACGAGCCCCGAGGACGCUCCUCGAUGAAUACGAAUCUAGUGCUUCCGCCCUGUGAUCCGCGUGCAGAUGCUGGCUUUCUGAUCAUGGAGAGUGAGGAAUACGCGCCCAUGUCCGGGUCCAAUCUGAUUUGCACAACCACGGUGCUCUUGGAAACUGGCAUGUUGCCCAUGGAAGAGCCAUCCACUGUGGUGAGGCUAGAUACCGCUGCCGGCUUGGUGACUGUCACGGCCGAGUGCAGGUCUGGAAAGUGCCAGAGCGUCGAGUUUGACAAUGUCCCUGCCUUUGUCCUGGAGCUCGAUUAUCAGGUUGAGGUCCCCAGCAUUGGCCCAGUCUCGAUCGAUAUUGCUUAUGGUGGGACGAUGUUCAUUCUAGUGGAUGCCGCGUCCCUGGGGCUGCGAAUCGACAAUCAGCAUGCUCAUCAACUCGUGGAAAUCGCGGAGAAAAUCAAACGCGCAACGGAGGCUGUCUACACUCCAGUGCACCCCGAACAUCCGGGGACGAAGGGGUUUAAUGUGUUGGCAUUUACCGAGCCCGUCACGCUAGAGCAGGGUGCUAAAGUGGCCACCAAUGCUGUGGUGGUUUCCCCUGGGCGCUUUGACCGUAGCCCGUGUGGGACAGGGACUUGCGCUCGCCUGGCCACGAUGCACUGUAGGGGGGAAAUCGAGGCUGGGCAGGAGUUCAAGCAUCGCAGCAUUUUGGGCACCGAAUUCAGCAGUCGUAUUCGGGGCACCACGACGGUUGGAAAAUACCCGGCGAUCUUGCCGACGGUCAAAGGGCGGGCUUGGAUCACCAGCUUCAAGCAGGUCGUUUUGGACCCAAGUGAUCCAUUUCCAGAAGGGUUUCGCGUUGGAGACCAGUGGCACAUGCCACAGAACUGA